AUGGCGCCCAUGGAACUGCCAGCGACCCACUAUGUUGCGUUUGGUGGACGCUUGGUUGAGUGUGAUGUGUCGGAUGAUGCGUCGGAAGGGAUCUUUCAGGAUGCCAUGUCAGUGUCUCGCUUCCAGGCGGCCUUUUCGACACAGCAGCCACUGAUGGUUGGUGUGGACUUUGAAUGGAAACCUGACAGGGGCGUGGAAAACAAUCCCAUAGCAGUUAUGCAGUUCGCAUGUUGGGACACGGCGAUAAUUAUUCGAACGACAGGCUGCUCACAGCUCCCCAACUGGUUACAGAAGUUUCUUGAGACGGGAGAUGAUGUGAUCAAAGUGGUCGCAAGCUUCGACAGUGCAGACAAGGCCAAGCUUGCAAUGAGUUUUGGCUGGGAUUUUGACCAAAGAGCAGUCAAAGCAUCAUACUUGGAUAUUGCAGAUCUCGCAGAUGCGCGCGACGUUCCGCGAGGGAUGCUCAAAAUGGCGCGGCAUUUUCAUAUUCCGAUGCAGAAGCUGAAAAGCAUCAGCACUUCCAAUUGGGCACGUGGCGGCUUAAGUCCAGAACAGCGUGCAUAUGCGGCUGAUGAUGCCUUUUUUCAACUCUAUCUGUCCGGCAAGCUCUUGACCCUUGGACCUGCAUCGGCUUCGGAAGAGAGGCUGUUGAAAGCUUGGCAAGUGGUCAGUCAGGGGCUGGAGGGCUCGAUCAAGACGGUCAACAAUUCUGCAUACCAAGCAAACUUCCUUGCCCUGCGAGACACUGUUCGCGAUGCUGUUAAUGUUCUCAGCAAUGCCCUGGGUUCUGGUGGCUGUACUGAUUUAAAUGAAAUACUCAAGUACAAAGCGGUCAAGAAGGCCGUGGCAGCCCAGAAGACUUCGUGCGUAAACGUUAACGCUCACUUCCUGCGACAAAACUCAGACGUUUUCGUCGUUUUUUUCCGAGAGGGGCGGCUGCGAGUAAGGCUUCGCGUGCUCGAGGGCGAAGAGGAAGAAGAAGCGAGUGCUGUGGCGGACUUGCAGCAUUCUGCGCUGAACGAGGAGGAAGUUGCAGCCCUGAUCUCUGAAGUUCAAGAGCUGUUGUGUGCGUACGAGCCGCCGAACAAUAAAAAGCAAAGGCUUCCUGAGCCACAAUGGAUUCCUGCGCGAGCCGUUCUGAACAGAGCACAGCAGGUACGCUUCGAGGCAUGCUUGAGAUGUGAAGGUUCCAUUGAGUCCAUCGAGACAAGCUACGACUCUGAAGACGGCUUGCUGCUGCGCAUGGCACGGCAUCCACGAGCCCCGGACGAUGUAAAGCACAUGGAAACCUGCGUAGAACGACUGAAGGACCUGACAGAAAUCACUUCCGAGGAGGCAAAGCAGCGGCUGGCAAAGGACGAGAAAUUCAUGCAACUCUGGAGUUUGCUUCGCACCGUUGAGGCAGACUCAACAGAAGAACACUCCAUUCACAGAAGCCUGCGUGCUCGCGAGCGUAUCCACGUAGAUGCACAUCGGCUGGCAACUUUGGCGACUGAGAUGUCCAGGAAUGUGCCCUGGGAAGAGGCAAAGUGCAAGCUGGAGCAGGUGAAGUGGUACCGUCAAGUGCUGGCAAGCUGUCUCGAGGGAGCAGGACAGACUGCGCUUGCCAACGAGCUCGAUGACUGCUUGACAUCCAUUGCCAAGGCAUGGCCAGACGUGGAGCAUGUCCAGCCUAGCUCAAGGAAGAGACGUGUCUACCAGCAAGCCCGGUCAGAAGCGAAACGUGCAAGGACGAAAGGCAAAGGCAAGGCCAAGUAG